GUGCAGCAAGGGUGUGUACGGAGCAAACCAGGCUUGCCAGGCCAUGGGCAACCUCUACCACGAUGGCUGCUUCACCUGCGGAGCCUGCAGUCGAAAGCUGAGAGGGAAAGCCUUUUAUUUUGUCAACGGCAAGGUGUUCUGCGAAGAAGAUUUCCUGUAUUCUGGUUUCCAGCAGUCAGCUGACAGGUGUUUCAUCUGUGGCCAUUUGAUAAUGGACAUGAUCCUGCAAGCUCUAGGGAAAUCGUAUCAUCCGGGCUGCUUCCGAUGCGUGGUCUGCAAUGAGUGCCUGGAUGGUGUGCCCUUCACUGUAGACUCUGAAAACAAAAUCUACUGUGUCAGAGACUACCACAAAGUUUUAGCUCCCAAGUGUGCAGCGUGUGGACUUCCCAUCCUGCCCUCCGAGGGGUCCGAUGAGACCAUUCGCGUUGUGUCCAUGGACAAGGAUUACCACGUGGAAUGUUAUCACUGUGAGGACUGUGGGAUGGAACUGAACGAUGAAGAUGGGCAUCGCUGUUACCCGCUAGACGAACAUUUGCUUUGUCACUCCUGUCACCUGAAACACAUCGAGAAUGGCACUACCCCAGCAGCUGGGUACCAGCACCACUACUAGCCAGCGUGGCUGACAUGGGCAAGUCCGGACAGAAGGCUUGUUACGUGAUCUCCCUCUCCUCAUCCUCAGUUUACUUCCUGUGCAUGUUUUUUGCUGGUUGGCAAUGUUCCUGUAAAAGGAUACAUGAGAUUUUUGCUGGAUUCCCAGAGUCUGAAUGCUUGUGAUAUCAAACCAUGUCUACUUGACCACGAACAUGGCAUGUCAUCUAAGCUGAUCAGUUUACUUCUAUGUGCCUUCUGCUCUCUGGAGAUUCCUCUUGGCUCAUUUUGGAAGAUUCUUCAGUGAAAGCACAACUUACUGCCGUGCCUAUGAACUCCGAUUGUGCCAUGCACAAUGAAAAAGGCAGAGGCUGGCUUGCCUGCCUGC